AUGGCAAGAGGCAUUGGAUGGAUGCGCCCCUUGCAGCACAACCUCAUAUCGUUCAUGUUGCUGCUGCUGCUGCUGCUGCCGCUCUUCUUUCCUCACGCCGGCGCGGCUGUGCCCCUCCCACCCUUCGCGACGGCGCGGAUUUUCACAGUGCUCAGCGGUCACACAAUGCCGGUCAAUCUGGGGGUCACACUCCACGACGCAUUCUUCACAGGCAGCACAAUCGACCCGCUCCCGGAGGCAACGGUGCAGUUUGCCUUGAACGUGGCGUAUACUACUGGCGGUGUGCGGGUCGGGACGCGGCCCUCCGUCUCCGAGGCGGCGACCAUGCGGCACGGAAAGGUGAGCGACGAUCCGCUGCGUGUGACCAGGGAGUUGGCGGGCUGCAGAGCUGGGGAGAGGAGUUGCACACGAUACUCGUCGGUGCAAGGCCCAGUGCCGCCGUACCUGUCCACCAAAACAACAGUGAAGUACAAUGAGCCAGUUCUUCCGUUCCGACAUGAGGGGGCACCUGUUGCUGAUAUCAAUACCAGUCACGGGUUCUCAUUCUACAACGGUUUAUUAUCUUUUGGAUCCUUCAUUCCCCAUUGUGUGUGGACGGGAUGUGUUUUCAUGCGCCCCAGUAACACGUGGAAUCCGUCAGGUGUUCGCUGUGGCGUCUUGUCCUUCGCGAACUGGUCGACUAUGCAACACUUUCCAACAGCAUCCUCCACGCUUUUCCGCUAUAUCACACCCACUUUCCCGUAUGCUUGCACGAAUAAGGUUGAGGUGGACGGCACAGGAGAAACAGCAACAGGUGGCGCAGCAGUGCAGGUGGGCUUUGUGUCCUCGGCACCUGCAAACGGCAUGGGUUUGUUGACGGUGUGUGGCGAGAACAGCAGUACCUGUACACAUGUCAACCACGCCGUCCGCGGCAUCAACAUUUGGAGGACGAGGAGCACUAACGCCACAUCAGCACCGCAACCGCAGGCUAAUGCGAUGUGUGUGGAGUGCAAAGAUACACCGUUGCACACCCCAUUCCGCUUCUUGCUCCAUGAGACACACGUGGAACUGGAGCCGGCCGGUCGUGUGGUUCUGAAAGGGUAUACGAAUCUUGAUUUUUCAUGGUGGCCCUACCAACGCUUUUCGCCACUAUCCAGCAUGAACGGUGCAAUGUUGCACUCCAUGGACUGCUCCACUUCCUCGGUGGCAGCGAAUGACUGUGUGUCCUUUGCCGACGAUAAGGACAGAGCGCGCUACAAGAGUCACCGCGAUUGCUUUGACGCCGACGCACGUGCCUGCUUCGUGUCGCCGCUGCAGCGCAGCGCAAUGAUCCAUGAUAUUCCCUUUCUACUUCGGUCAGCGCCGAAGCGGAUGUUUGGUCACGCCAUCCAACAGCGGUUCAUCGAGGAGCUGCAGCUGCCGCCAUGGGUGAAGCUAAUGAAGCAGUUGCUGCGGGAGGCAGAGGAAUCGGUGGUGUCUGACCAGAAAUGGACAGAAGCAGCGACGGACAUCGCCACGUGGCUGGCUUCGCUCAUGAACGAAGAGGUUGCGUCGAGGAUGGCUGUAUCAGGGGUGAAUGCUCCAGGUCUGAUCUGCACCAUUAUUUGCGUCAUCAUUACCACGUGGAAGCGCGGUUCUCUACUGAAUUGGCUCUGCUGCUUCUCGCAGAGGCCACCGCAAGAGGACAGCCCUACCACGAGGGUUGUGUCAGCGCAGCUGAGCACGUACUUUGACCGCAUCAAUUCGCCCUUACAAGGAGGAGAACUGCUGCGGAUGGGGAUGGGUCCCAGCAGGCGUCACCGAGCCCCGGAAGCGCGCACCAAGGUUGCAGAAGCAGCAGCAACAACAACAACAACAGCCGCAGCAGCAGCAGCUCUUGGGACAUCGGCAAAGAGCGCAGCGACAGUUAAUCGUUCAUCACAGGCAGCUCUAACCGCUGUGGUCGCAGGGUGA